GAAAAGAGAUCAGCUGAUGAUCAUUAUUGAUAUACUUGGAAUACAUUUUUUUGAAGGUUGUUUUUCUUGAGAGUUUUCUUGUUCAAUUGUAUAUUUCAGUGUGGGUGUGUGUGUAUGUGUGUGUGUAAGGAAUAGAAAAAAAUGUGGCCUCAAUUAUCAUCAUUGACAUCAUCAAGGUUAAUUGUUCAUCAAAUAUCCAGAAGAUUUUAUCAUCCAGUCAAAGGUAUUUUCGGUAAUACACAACCAUAUCGUUUGAAUAUUGAUGAAUGGUCACAAAAUCAACAGAUUGAUAAUGGAUUACCAUUGUCUUAUUCGAUGGUGAAACAAGCAUUUCAAAAACGUGGACAUCUUCUCUGUCAAUUAGAUCCAUUGUCAUUGGCAAAUCUAACCGAUGUUGAUCCAAUCACUGAUUCAAACAACAAUGAUUUUCAUCAAUUCACACAGAAAUUAAGUCCAAUUUUGGGUGUUAAUUUGGAAAAAUUUCUGGAUAGUGAACCUGUUGCAUCAUCAGUGGACAAGAAAGAAUUUAUUCAUCAUUUAUUCAACAUGUAUUGUAGAAAUAUUGGUUUUGAAUUUGAUCAUGUAUUAUCAUUUGAUGAAAAAACGUGGUUUGCAAAACAAAUUGAACGUGAACAUGAAAAUCCGCUGCCAUUCGAUAAUACAGAAUUGGUGGCAAAAGAUUUACUAAUAACCGAAGCAUUGGAUCAUUUUCUUGCGCGAAAAUUUCAAUCAGUCAAACGUUAUGGUUGUGAAGGUGCUGAAACAAUGAUUAUUUUUAUUGAUGAAUUAUUACGAUUAUUACAACAAAAUGACCAAAGCGAAAAUGGUGAUUUUAUGAAUGAACUAAUAAUUGGAAUGCCACAUCGUGGACGUUUAAAUUUAUUGGUAAAUAAACUACAAUAUCCAGCUAAAGCAUUAUUUCAUAAACUAUCUGGACGUGAUGAAUUUGAUUUUCAAUAUAAUAAUCGUAAAUCAUCAACAAUGGUUAUUGGUGAUGUAUUAUCACAUCUUUAUACACAAAUUGAAUUCGAAAAGAAUCUUGUGGCAACAUUAUUACCGAAUCCAUCGCAUUUAGAAGUUGUUGCACCAAUGGUUUGUGGUUAUAGUCGUGGCCAAAUGAUGCAUAAACGUAUUGGUCCAUAUUCUUGGAAUACUGAUGAUGUCAGUAAAUUUUCCAAUAUUCUGCCAUUACAAAUACAUGGUGAUGCAUCAUUCACUGGACAAGGUAUUAUAAUGGAAACAUUGGCAUUAGCAAAUGUUGAACAUUAUAUGACAAAUGGAUCAAUACAUCUUGUGGUUAAUAAUCAGGUUGGCUAUACAACUCCUGGCCGUAUGUAUCAAUCACGUUCAUCAUUAUAUUGUACGGAUCCAUUGAAAAUGAUCAAUGCACCAAUAAUACAUGUUAAUGGUGAUCAUCCUGAUUUGGUUGCACGUGCAGCACGUUUAGCAUAUAAUUAUCGGCAAAAAUUUCGAAAAGAUGUUGCAAUCAAUCUUGUUUGUUAUCGUCGUUGGGGCCAUAAUGAAUUGGAUGAUCCAACAUUUACGAAUCCAAAAAUGUAUGAAAAAAUUCAUUCAAGAAAAUCAAUACCACGAUCAUAUGCUGAAAAAAUUGAAAUGUCACAAGAAAAAAUUACAGCAAUUAUUGAUGAAUAUAAUCAAAUGCUUAAUGAUUCAUUGACGAAUGUUAAUGAAUAUAAACCACCAUCGGUACCGGUGAUCAUAUCGAAUGCGAAAAGUUUAUGGAAAGAUGUUCAAUGGCCAAGCAGUGAUCAUAUAACUAGAUGGGAUACAUCUGUACCAGAAGCAUUAUUAAAACAUAUUGGUCGUGUUUCCACCCAAUCACCAAAUGAUUGGAAUCUACAUAAAACAUUGAAAAAAGUUUUCGAUGAUCGUUCAGCACGUUUUAAUUCGGGUAAAAAUCUUGAUUGGUCAUUGGCCGAAACAUUGGCAUUUGGUUCAUUAUUAUAUCAAGGAUAUGAUGUACGAAUAUCUGGCCAGGAUGUUGGACGUGGUACAUUUAGCCAACGACAUUGUAUGAUUGUUGAUCAAUCAACAAAUGAUGUUCAUGUACCAUUGAAUGAUUUGGCCAAUGAACAUCAAGAUUAUUUACCAUGGAAAAAUGAUAAUAUUGGUCAACUUGAAGUUUGUAAUUCAAUUCUAUCCGAAGAGGCUGUUAUGGCCUAUGAAUAUGGUCUUAGUUUAACCACUUCAAAUGUAUUGGCCAUUUGGGAGGCACAAUUUGGUGAUUUUUUCAACGGUGCUCAAACAAUUAUCGAUACACUUGUUUCAAGUGGUGAAGGCAAAUGGCUUUUACAAAGUUCAUUAACAUUAUUAUUACCAAAUGGUUAUGAUGGUGCUGGACCUGAACAUACAUCAGCAAGAUUAGAAAGAUUUUUACAGAUUUCAAAUUCAUCUGAAACAGAAAUCGAUUCCGAUAAUGUUAAUUGGUCAAUCAUUUAUCCAACAACACCGGCACAAUAUUUUCAUUCAUUACGGCGACAAAUGAUACGACCAUAUCGUAAACCAUUGGUAGUAAUGGGGCCAAAAAUGCUUCUACGACAUCCACGUUGUCAAUCGAAUAUUGAAGAUCUUUCUAUGGAACGAUCACAUUUUGCACCGGUACUAGAUGAUCCUGUACAUUAUAUGCCUACACAUUGUUUUCAAAUUGAUCCAAUCGAUAUGAAAAAUACCGUAUCGAAUGUUAAAUCAAUAAUAUUCUGUUCAGGUAAACAUUAUUAUACAUUGGAAAAACAACGGCAACAUCUUUUCGGCGAUGAUCAGUCAAAAUUAUCAUCAAUAGCAAUUGUACGUAUCGAAGAAUUAUGUCCAUUUCCAGCAGCUGAAUUAGUGGCCAUUUUAAAACGUUAUCCAAAUGCAAAAAAUCUAAUCUGGAGCCAAGAAGAACAUCGUAAUAUGGGUGCAUGGACAUUUAUACGGCCACGUUUUCAAAAUAUUUUACAUCAAACCAAAUUGCAAUAUGUUGGACGUGGACAUUUGGAAGCACCAGCUGUAGGUUUAGCCAGUGUACAUCGAAAAGAAAUCGAUACCAUUCUGACGCAAACAUUUGAUCUAUGUCAAUUAUCGGCAAAAUGAUUAAAGUGGAAAAAAUUUUCCAGAAAAAAUGAAUCAAAAUAAUCCAACCUUUUUUUCAAUUUUGCUUUUGUCUCUUAGUACUACACAUACACACACACACACACACACCGACACAUAAACAAAAGAAGUCGCUAAGUCUCUGACGUUCAUCUGAAAUUUCAAAAAAAAAACAACAACCAACCAUUUAUUCAACCAGAAAAAUGGACAAAAAUACGAUGAUGAUGAUGAUGAAAAACUAUAAAAAUAAAGUGAAUCAAUCAAUCGUGAUGUGAUGGCAGUUAGUGUACACAAUCAAUCAAUCACAAUCACAAAGCGUCAAUCGGUGAACAGCCAAAAAUUUAAAAAAAAAGACGACAACAGUCAAUCCAACAACAAUAAAGAAAAUGUCGAUCAAAAUCAAUCGAUUUGAAAAAAAAAAAAAAGAAGAAAAAAUCAAGAUCAAAAAUUUAAAAUAAAAAAUCCCAAAAUCCAGCAGCAACGGCAGCAGCUACUGUAUUUUUAAUAGCUUAGCUUCAGAAAAAAAAACUAUAAAGGUUGACAUUUUUUUUCCACUGCAA